AUGAGAGAGAUGAAUUGUCAUGAGGUGGAUGCUGUAUCAUGCUACUCCGAUACAACUGUGACUGAAAAUGAUAACUUUAAUUUGAACACAUUUAAUAAUUAUUAUACUACCAGAAACAGAAUUGUAGAUGAAGGAUUGGAAAUCGAGGAUUAUGAGAUUAAAAUCGUAUCUAAUAGCCAUACCAGAAGUUUAAAAUUAUCAAGCAUUAACAAUUUCAUACAGAUGAUUGUAUCUCCACAAGAUUUCCAACAAUUAUUAGGUAUUCAUCAAAAUUCCCUUGAACAAAUUACAGUCCAGCAUUUAAUUAUAUACGUGUUUUGCAAUAUGAGAGAACUUUUACUUGACACAGUGAAAUAUGUUAACCAGGUUAGACUACUACACUUGGGCAAGAAAUAUGCGAUCGAGGAUUUUACAAAGAACAGAAAUAUGUCAUUGAUAAAUGACUUGAAGAUUACAGAAUGCCCUUCGUUUCAUUUAGUCUUGACAGAUUUGCCCAUAAGCCCAUUACCAUUAAUAUCUAAAAAAUUUGUGAUUAUGAACUUCUUCAAUCAUGAAGAAUAUACUGGGUCAGUAACAUAUGCAGAGGCGAUAGUCAAAAAGUUUAAAACCAACACAAAUUCAAGAAAAUCUUCGGUUGUUUCAAACACUGAGACUCUAUCUGAUGUAACCACAACCAACGUGUCUUUGAAAUCAGAAGGCAAAUUUAAAGGGAGAUUGAAGAGAUUUUGCAGGUUUUAA